GCAGGGAGACCUUACAAUAAAUUUUCUUUGUCCUUAGAUUACACAUCGAGUCACAACGUGUCAUUGGAAUGGAAUAUUUGCAUUAAGCACAUUUGUCUUCUCCUUCUUACCAUAUCUUAUCCUUCUCAUACUCCUCACACAACCAUUCAUCAAGUCUCAAACUAUAAAAAAUUUCAAACUGCCAUGUUUAUGCAGGAAAAUACUUAUUCAUACCGAAUUCAUAUGGACUCAUAAUAUAAAUAUACAGUGGUCCUAUAUAAAUAUUUAUAUAUUUAUGUGAUGUAAUGGAUUUAUGUCCGCAUAUUUUUUAAGGGCAUUUUAAGAACAGGCUGACCUAUCUCUCUCUAUAAAAAGAAAACACCAUCCCCCACAAUAUUACUGCAAGCAUAACUUCUCCUUCUCAAUUUGCCUCUAUCAAGACUUGUUCCCACCCAAAUGAAAAGGGCAACCCAGCAAGAUUCUGCUACUUCCCCUGGGAAAACAUCUCAAUUCGCCGCCGACUGCUGGUUCGACGAUGCAUGCAUUCUGAAUAUGGACUAUUUCGUUAAGACCUUAGCCGGCAUUAAGGCUAAGGGGGUUCGUCCUGACCUUAUUGGCUCAAUCAUAGCUCACUACGCCUCCAAAUGGCUACCUGAGCUAUCUGGAGAUAAUGCUUAUUGUGAGAGGGAAUCGCUAACCAACUUCGAAGAAUCACCAGAAAGUGUCACAGCUUCGUGGAUGAAGAAAAGAUUUUUCGUUGAAACUCUAGUGGGUGUUUUGCCUCCAGAGAAAGAUUCAAUCCCAUGCAAUUUCCUGCUUCGCCUUCUCCGGACGGCAAACAUGGUCGGAGUAGAGCCUACGUUUAGAGCUGAGCUUGAGAAGAGGAUUUCAUGGCAGCUCGACCAAGCUUCAUUGAAAGAGCUAAUGAUACCAUCUUUUAGUCACACUUGUGGGACUUUACUAGACGUCGAGCUAGUAACUCGGUUAGUGAAGAGAUUUGUUAAUUGGGAUGAGGCUGCUAAAAAUGGAGCUGCUGCUUUAAUUAAGGUAGCAAAGCUUGUGGAUUCUUACUUAGCAGAAGCAGCUGUAGAUGCUAAUUUGAGCUUGUCAGAAUUUGAUGAUCUUGCUUCUGCUCUCCCUAGCCAUGCUCGAGCUAUUGAUGAUGGUUUAUACCGAGCCAUUGACACCUAUCUCAAAGCACAUCCUGCAUUGACAAAGCGAGAAAGGAAGAUUCUUUGUAGAUUAAUUGAUAGCAGGAAGCUCUCCCCAGAGGCAUCAAUCCAUGCAGCUCAGAAUGAAAGGUUGCCUGUUCGUGCUGUGAUCCAAGUUCUCUUCUCCGAGCAAACCAAGCUCAGUCGACACAUAGAUUGGAGUGGUUCCUUUAGUGGCAACAGGAGCCCGAACCCUGCAGGGCUGGACCUUCCUGGGAGGUGCUUUUCAAAACGGGAAAUGAAUUAUCAACAAAUGGAGAUAAAGAAGCUGAGAGAAGAUGUGAUGAGGCUGCAAGGGCAAUGUCAUGCGAUGCAAAUGCAAAUGGAGAGGAUGGUGGAGAAGAAGAAAUUAGGGUUUUUUAAGUGGAAGAAGUUGGGGUUAGUGUCAACUUUAAAAAGUGUUAGUACUGUAACAGUUGAGAAGAUUGAAGAGGUUGAUGGAGAAGGAGAAGCUGGGUUUGGGAGCCUGACUCCUGUGAACAUGAAGACUAAGUUGAUGAAGGGUAGGACUCCUCCUAAGUGGAGAAAAUCUAUGUCUUGAGGGUGAAUUUUCGGGAAAUACUUGCUGGAUUCGGUCCACCAUUGACGUGAUCAUUCUGCUAGUUAGUUACAUGGUUUGUUUUGUCUGUAUUAAUAUGAAAUAAUCUAUAUCUUUCAGCUGUUCAAUUGAAAUUGUUUGCUUCAACUGAAA